GAUACCAUACUGUCCGUCGCGUAAAAUCAGCUGAUUGCCGUCGUCAUUCCUGCAAAGAUGGCCUCAAAUACACGCCCUAGAGUCACAAUAUUUCGAAAUGGAAGGACUUCUGAUGGGAAGGUCAUAGCAUGCCCAGAUACGAUGGAAAGACUGAUACUAGUCGCUAGUAACUGCCUUGGCUUAACAGCUACACAUGUAUUCACAGCAAAGGGAGGUAGAAUAGAAGAUGCCUCUUUAAUCAGGGAUGAUGAAAUAUUGUACAUAUCAGAGAAUGAACCUUUUAUAGAUCCAAAAUUUAGUAGAUCAGGGCAGAGCACAGUUAUGAUGUGCAGUCAUGAAAAAGCAAAUGGAGUUCUUCAGAACGACUGGAUUACAUUAAAUGUUGGUGGAAGACACUUUAUGACAAACAGGAGAACACUGGUUGGGAGAGAUUCAGAAAGUAUGCUUGCUAGAAUGUUUGCUGAUGAUGAUUUACCAUGGAGUAGUUCAGUUGACCACACAGGUGCCUACCUCAUAGACAGAAGUCCAGUUUACUUUGAACCUCUUCUCAAUUAUUUACGACACGGACAACUGAUAAUGGAUGAUGGUCUUAAUCCUUCAGGUGUACUAGAAGAGGCGAAAUUCUUUGGUAUUCAGUCUUUAAUUAAGCCUUUGGAAGAGAUGGUACAGAACAAAGAGCCCCCGGGGGACCACACACCUAUGAAACGAUGGGAGUUUAUCAGAAUGCUGCAAUGUGCUCCGUCCAAAUAUGACCUUCGGUGUCAGGGUAUGAACUUUGAGGGAGCAGACCUAUCCAAACUUGAUUUGAAGUAUAUUAAUUUCACCAUGAGCAAUCUAUCUUCUGCUAACCUCUCCGGGGCAAACCUAUCUUACUGCACCCUAGAGAGGGCCAAUCUUUCUGGUGCCAAGCUUGAUGGAGCUAACUUGAGAGGGGUAAAGAUGGUCCUUGCAAAUCUAGAGAAUGCUUCACUCAGAGGGUGUAAUUUUGAAGAUCCAGCAGGAACAAAGGCCAAUAUGGAAGGUAAGAUAUGAUGUGUGAUGAUGGACUGAUGAAUGAAUUGAAACAAUGAUAGGUAUGUAAAUAGAUGGAGCAAUAGGUAGAUAGAUGGAUGGAGAAAAUUAGAGAAAAGAAGAGAGAAAGGGAGGGGAUUGGAAUUUAUUUUAAUCAAUUAAUAAAGUAAUAAAAAUGAAUUGAGAGAGACCAUUAGAGGUAGAGAGAAAGAGAGGGAGGGGACAAAUAAUAUUUGAAAAUAAUUAAAACAUAAUGAAAGAAAGUUGAAUCAGUAAAGAGAGAUAUAGAAAUGAAUGGAGGAAAGAUGAAUAGAUGGGAAAAGGAGGGAGGAAAUUUAUAGGGAGGGAAGGAAGUAAACAGGAAUAAUAAGAAGAGGAAUAAUAAGAAGAAGGUCAAUGAGCAUGAGGAGAAGAGG